ACUUACAGCAUAUUUCUGUUUUGUUCUCCAUAAUCUUCAUUUCUUGCUUUCUCUUUUUUUAUGUAGAGUUGCCUCUUUCGCUUGUAUUUUGAGAACCCAUUUUUGUGUUUCCUUCCUUCUUUUUGAAUGUCGAUGCUUGGGGCUAUCUGGAAAAUUAAGUGCAAGAUACUAUAUGAUUAUUUGAUUUUAGAAUUUGGGUUGAAUGUCGUGGACAAAAACUUCAUUUGGGUUAUCUCAAGCUUUAAACUUUGAACUCCAAUUUCUCCUUUAAUGGUAUCUUAAAAAAUCUGAUGAGGCUCUAUUGAGUUUGUACAUUUUUGGAUUAAUGAACGAUGAUAUGUUCAUUGCCAUGACCUUAUAUAUGAGUUUAAUCUUAUUUAAGUAGGAUUAAUCUACUAUUUUUAUGCUUUAUUUGUUUAACAAAAUAUUGAGUGUUUUUUAUUUAGCCAAAGAGAGACAUUAUCAUUCUUUUCUCAAUAUGUAAGGGAAAAGCCUCAUGGGGGAAGGUGAACUAGUUGAGCUUAAUAGAAGCGUGAUACAAACCUCUAGCUGGUCAAUCCUUGAAAGAUUGGUCAUAUAAGUUGCUUCUUGCACUCGUCUUCCCUCUGUUGCCAGCAAGCUCUGGCUGGCAGGUAAAGUGUUUUGCACAUUGUUUUGAGGAUUAUGUGUCCCCAAACAGCGUUCAGGCCUAGUAAAGCCUUAGACGGUGUAAAUGGAGUGCAAGUGGUUCCUCGUUCACCUUUUGCAUUGGAGGAGAUAAACCAACAAAGGGAAUUCCAAUCCACUCAUGAUAAAUCAUUUUUUACAGCAAAUCAACCACUAUUGAUGCAAGUAUGGCAGCAGAGGCCAUCUUGUUUAAGGCCAGUAAGAUGUUGUAUGAACGGGGAUCAGAAUUUUCAAGAAACAGUGGCUAAUGUGUUAACCUCACUUCCUUUUAUAGUUCUUGGGAUCCAAGCCCCGAGGAAAAAUUUGAACUCUAAGCUGUAUGCUAAUUCACUAAUCGGAGUUGGAGUUGCCUCUACUUUGUAUCAUUCUUCCAGAGGAAAGCUGAGGAUGUAUUUAAGGUGGGCUGACUACACAAUGAUUGCCACUGCUACUGUGUGUCUAUCAAGAGCUCUUAGAAAUGAGAAUCCGAAGUUAUUGAUGGCAGCUUCUGCUUUACUUCUACCUGUUCAGCCUCUGAUGGUUUCAGCUGUUCACACUGGAAUGAUGGAGGUGGCAUUUGCAAAAAGAGCAUUGAAAUACCCAGAAUUAAGGAUGGCUCACAAUGUUCAUAAGAUGUCAUCACUGUUGGGAGGUGUUCUUUUCAUUGCAGACGAUGUCUUUCCUAGGACUCCUUUCAUUCAUGCUGCAUGGCAUCUUGCAGCAGCUGUCGGUGUUGGCACGUGUAACAAGCUUCUUGAGUAGUGUGUUAUAUAUAAAUUAUAGUAGGACAAUCUUUAUAUCUAUAACUAUUAUUUGUUUAUCCCGAUUCCUAAGAGCUCUGGAAUAUCUCUUUACAAAAUCUCGUAAAGAUUCAUCUUCACGUUGCCUGAUUGGCAUUAAAUACGUUGGCAAUUGUUGUAGUGUCUUGUUCCCAAGAAUUUGCUCAUGAAUAAGUCCGCCAAUUGCUUGAAACUAAUGAUGAAAUUUUACAGAAGCUACAUAUACCAA